UAUUAUGAUGAGCUUGUUGUCCCAAUAAUAGAAAACACCGCUCAUGAGUGGGAGCUAACAAAUUCUCUUGCUGAAGCUAUUGAAGCUUAUCCAAAAACAACAGCUGUGCUGGUUCGGAACCAUGGCAUAUAUAUAUGGGGGGAUUCUUGGAUCAGUGCUAAAACCCAGGCUGAAUGUUACCACUAUCUCUUUGAUGCUGCUAUUAAACUUCAUCAAUUGGGCCUGGACUGGUCUACCCCUAAUCAUGGUCCCAUUUCCAGAGGAGUUUUAGGUGGUCACCAGAAUGUAGCCAUGUCUGUGAAGGCAGGGUCUCUUGUAUCAAAUAAUGGCAUUGAGCCAUCACGACGUUGCAUUGUUCUGGACAUUGAAGGGACCACUACUCCCAUAUCAUUUGUUACUGAUGUUCUCUUUCCAUAUGCCUGUGACAAUGUGGGGAGGCAUUUAGAUGCAACAUAUGACACUGCAGAGACCAAAGAUGACAUUAACUUGUUACGAUCUCAAGUACAGGAUGACUUAGAACGAGGAAUUGCUGGUGCUGUGCCCAUCCCCUCUGAUGAUGCAGGGAAACAGAAGGUCAUUACAGCUUUGAUUGCCAACGUGGAAGCAAUGAUAAAAGCUGACAGGAAGAUUACUUCCUUAAAACAAUUGCAGAUUGGACUAAACGGAGCACUAGAAAACAUAUGGGACUAA